CUAUAAAAGAGCCGAUUUUUUUUAAAAUGGGUGACUAUAUUUUAAAAAAGCUAAGAGACAAGGAUACAAAGUUUUUAGAAAAUUGGGAUCCAGAGAAAAGCACUCGAGAAAAACGAAAAUUAUCUCGAAAAGUUUAUAACACGCGAAAAGCUGUAUAUGAUUCAGAAGGUAUUCAUAUUGAUUCAGGUCUUGAUAUUUGUGAUUGUUUUGAUCAAGACUGUCCUGGUUGCCACAUGGAAUGUCCAAAAUGUAAAUCUCCCAAAUGUGGACCAGACUGUAGAGUCUUUCGUAAAUGGAUGUAUGAGCAGCAAGAAAUGGAUGGAAGAGAUGUUGUUGUUUAUAAUCCCCUUCUUAAGAAGAGUUAAAAUCCAUUCAGAGCUUUACAAGCUGGGUUAUAUAUUAGGUAAAGGAAUUGGUGAAGGAUCUUAUUGUAAAGUUAAAAUUGCAAUAUCAAAUAAUAAGAAAGUGGCAUGUAAAAUUAUAGAGAAAAAACGAGCCUCUCCAGAUUUUGUUAACAAAUUUCUACCCAGAGAACUUAGCAUAGCUCGAUCACUAUCACAUCCUCAUAUUGUAUCUGUACUUGAUGUCAUUGACAUUGGGCCUAGUGUCCUUAUAUUUAUGGAUUAUUGUGCUCAUGGUGAUCUGUUGGAGCACAUACGAUCAUAUGGUGCUUUUUGUGAAAACAAAACCAGACAUUUGUUUAGGCAGAUACUUUCAGCUGUUGCUUAUCUUCAUUCUUUAGAUAUUGCACAUCGUGAUCUAAAAUGUGAGAACAUCUUGCUUCACACAUUAGACUACAUCAAGAUAUCUGAUUUUGGAUUUGCUCGACGAGUUAGAUCUGUAGAAGGGCAUCGGUUAUUAAGUGAUACUUUCUGUGGUUCUGCUGCAUAUGCUGCACCAGAAAUUUUACAGGGUAUUUCUUAUAAUCCAACGAUGUAUGAUUCGUGGUCUAUUGGCUGUGUAUUAUUUAUUAUGCUGACUGCAACAAUGCCUUUUGAUGAUUCAAAUGUUGCAGUGAUGUUACGAGCACAACAAGAAGGGGCAAUAGCUUUUCCUGUAGAUAUUAAUUUAAGUUCUGGGGUUAGACGUCUUAUAGUACACUUAUUAGAACCGGAUGUAACACGGCGAGCUACUAUAUCUCAAGCUUACAAAAGUCCAUGGAUGAAUAAUUGUCAGAAUAAAGUAUAAAAUUUUAAUGUAAAAUAUGAUAUUGUGCAACUGUUUUCAAUGUAAUUAAACAAAGUCUAUAAUA